CGCUAUCGGCGUUGGCGGGCGAGAGGGGGGAGCCAUGGCGAUCUCGGCGGGGACGGCGGCGCGGGAGGAGAGGAGCGAAAGCGAAUGGAAACGGAUAGCCGAUUGUGGUCAAAAGAUUUUUCAUACAACCCCCUGGCGAUCCAAUUUAGGGCGACCACCCCGCCCGGCGCAAGGGUACGGCGGGCACCGGAGAGGGGAGCUGGACGUCGGCGGCGCGAUGCAGAGGAGGCCAAAAAUCUCGGCGAACUCUACCAGCGAUGGAAGACCCUAUCCUACCUCCGCCACCAGUGCUCCGAUCCACCGCGUCGAGGGACAGGACGACGAGGUCGAGGCCGACGGCCACGAGGACGAAACGGAGGGUCACGUCGCCGGCGAACGGGAGGAUCGAGCUCAAGAACACGUCUGCCACCGCGUCCGGGGACAGGAAGCCGCCGGAGGACGCUGCAUGAUGCCGCUCGGAGGGAGGCCGGGAGGACUAUUCCUUGUUCUCUGGCAUGGCGAGUGGCCGAGAAGCAGGGUCACGCGCGCGGGCUCAAGGCUCGCCACUGUGGCGACGAAACCCGAUGCAAGCGGCGGUGGUGAUGCAGCAGAGACGCUGUUGCAGACGGUCACAUGGAGAUCGUCGAGCAGGUGGCCAGGCGGCAGCCCGUCAGCAACCUCCAUCCUGCCCACCAGCUGCUCCAAAAUCUAAAUUGUUACCGCAGUAGCUUUCAGUAAUCAGUAUUCACUCACUAAUUCGAAAUGAAGUAGAACUGAGCUUC